AUGCUGACCAAGUUCCCGAUCGAGGCCCAGCUAUACCCCGAGCUCACAACUAUCGACGUGGGUGACAACCUGAUCGAGAGCCUCGACAAGAGCAUCGGCAACCACCCGGCGUUACAAAACCUCCUCAUCGCCCAUAACCGUCUCAAAGGGAUUCACCCCAACAUCGACAAGCUGGUAGACCUACGUAAGUUGCAUCUGCCGUUCAACCAGCUUUCCGACAUCCCGUCAACCCUCAGCGACCUGCGCAACCUUGAGUACAUCAACCUCGUUGAGAACAACUUCACAGAGAUCUCUCCUUCAAUCUGCAGGAUCACAACCCUCCUAGACCUGAGGAUCAGCCACAACAAGUUGGAACAAGUCUCCCCGAACAUAGGCCAACUCCACCUCCUCCAGCGUCUCAAUCUCGAGAACAACAACUUGGUCACUCUUCCUGACCUGUUUGGGAACAUGUACAGUAUCACUUUCCUCAACCUCGGCUCGAAUCUCUUGGAGAAGCUUCCGGAGACGUUCUGGAACCUGACGCACCUGACAGUCCUUGACAUUUCAAACAACAAACUCAACAUGCUGCCGACCGGGUUGGGCAUGUGCGAGAAGCUCAACAACUUUGAGUUCCAUGACAACCCGUUCGGUUCGAUCCCCCAGGAGAUCGAGAGUGCUGGAGCAGGAGUCAUGCUGCGGUACCUCAAGCAGCUCUUUCUCGCCUCUCCUCCUCCUGGAAUGGAGGAUGUACCAGGGAUAUGGGACGGCAAGACAAACAAGCUAAUCUUGGAAGGGUUUCAUCUCUUGCAGGUUUCUUCUUGUUAA